AUGGCCAUAUUUUCAGAAUGCUUGGGAUCAGUUCGGCCACUUUGUAUGAUAGGACAUAUGUUAUCUUCUUCAUUUGUGCUUGUAUAUAUUAGUUUAUCGCUGAUGAAAGGUUGUUCUUGUCAGAACAGUAGUUUAGUCUUUUCCCAACAGGAGGAGGGGAGAAUUGGACAUUUUGUGGGCAGCGUGGCCGAGUAUGUUAACACUCUCAGCACAGUUGGCGAGGGUGAUAGAUCGAGUCUUAGAUAUAGCAUGCUGCCAGACUCUAGUGGGUACAGUAGUUUGUUCACUAUAGACUCAGUUUCUGGCAAUUUGUCCUUGGCAAAGAGAGUUGACCGUGAAUCCAUUUGUCCACUUUCAAACUCUUGUGAGGUUAGAUUUCGUGUCGCCGUCAGCGGCCGGGAUAACUUUUUCAUCACUGUCCCCGCAACCGUUAAUAUCCUAGAUGUUAACGAUAACAGUCCAACUUUCCCACCACCCGGGGAAGUUGACAUCCACAUCAGCGAGGCAGCGUCAUUCAACUUCACUCAUGUCAUCGCGUCUGCAACUGACGCAGACACCAGCGAGAAAUUCGGGGUCUUGUCCUACACACUGGAGCCUCCAAGUGACACAUUUCUUGUGGUGAUGACUCGGAACUUCGUUGGAACAUCCCAUGUGAACCUUCUGGUUAAACAAAAGCUGGAUCGGGAAGUACAGGAAAGGUACAAACUUCUGGUUGUGGCCAAAGAUGGAGGGGAUCCACCCAGAAGUGGAAGUCUGACAGUAAAUGUUGUAGUUGAUGACGUCAAUGAUAACGACCCAACGUUUUCUAAUAAAGUAUAUUCCGCCAGUUUUGGCGAGGAAAAGGAACAAGGGUACAAGAUAAUUACCGUUGAGGCCACCGAUAAUGACGUAGGCGACAAUGGAAAGAUCGUUUAUGAACUGAAUUCUGUUCUUUCAGGAAACUCAGAAAUUACUGAUAAGAUCCAUGUUGACAGAGCAACCGGUGAGUUGUCUUUGCAGCAGAGAAUAACCAGCGGGGAGUAUAGAUUCGUUAUAGACGCUCGCGAUUUGGGAAACCCCCCUCGCUCUGACCAAGCCGUUGUCAAGGUAACCGUUCUUGAUACUAUAAAUAAUCAACCAAUUGUAAGGUUGAAUCCAGUUCAAAUUGGGGCGCUUCCGAUUGGCUGGGUUUCUGAAGGCUCUCGGGAGAGUACUGUGGUGGCAGUGAUCAGCGUGGAAGACAACGACACGGGGAAGAAUGGUAGUGUCUCUUGUCAAAGUUUGGACUCCUUCUUCCAGUUACAGCUGCUCGAAACGAAACGGUACAAAUUGAUGCUGGCAAAAACUUUAGACAGAGAAACUAACAAUUCAUUGACUGUUGAAAUCGUUUGCAAAGACGAAGGAAAUCCGAGUUUGAACUCUACCACUAGCUUCAUUGUCAAUGUGUUUGAUAUCAACGACAACAGUCCGGUAUUUUUGGAGUCGUCAUAUACACAAGCGAUUCCUGAAAACAACUUAAUCGACAGUACGGUGUUGGUGGUAAGUGCUUCGGACAUGGAUGAUGGCCAGAACGGUGCAGUUGAGUACAUGCUCCGAGGUGAUGAAGGCAACUUUAGAAUUAUUUCAGAAUCUGGGGUUAUCAAAGCGAGCAGGAGGUUUGACCGCGAGCAGGUGGCGAAGUACACAUUCCAGGUUCUAGCUGUGGAUCGUGGGAGUCCGAGCCUCACAGGGACUGCGUCAGUUACUGUAGUCAUUUCUGACGUCAAUGAUGUUGCUCCGGGUUUCUCACAGGACAGCUACAAGUUUCAGAUCUAUGAGAACAACAACCCUGGAAGUAUUGUAGGAAAUAUCACUGUCUUUGAUCCAGAUCUGGAAAGUGGAGGGGUAGUUGUCCUGACUCUCAAGUCUAUGACUGACAUUGACAAUGUCCCGUUUGUUGUCACCUCGGAUGGCGUCCUCUCCAGUCGGGGCAAGCUGGACAGAGAAGAGACAGACACUUACCACUUCUACGUCAUCGCAACUGACCAGGGCAGACAGAAAUUAUCCUCAUCAGCUACCAUAACUGUCCAAAUUUUGGACGUCAAUGACAAUCGACCGACUUUCGUUUUUCCCAGUGACCAAAACUUUACUUCCUACAUCAGCACCCCAGUUGACCAGGACUCUGCAAUCCUUCGCGUGGACGUGAACGAUUCUGACGGUAACCAAAACGCUUUCAUCACCUACACCUUAGCUGCUAGCAACGCUUCACGCCUCUUUAGAAUUGGUCUUUUCGAUGGACAAGUUUUCGCUAAUACAGAUUUGGGCACUUCCGAAGCAGGGAUCUAUUUCCUGGACAUUAACGUCACCGACCAAGGGGUUCCCCAAUUGUGGGAUGUCCGAACUCUAUAUAUAGUUAUCCAAUCAAAAUAUUCCAACACUGAUGACGACAAAUGGCAUCUGCACGUGUUAAUCAUCGCGUGUAUCGUCUGUGGCACGAUCAUCGUCUCCGGGGUCAUACUGAUGGUCAUAUGUAUGGUUCGGAAGCAAGAUAAGAUGGCUAGUUUGCAGACGACGGAAUCACUGUUUCCUAGAAAACAACUAACAGACAACAAAUAUUCAAUAGAUGAUGGUCAGCACAGACGUCAAGUGGUAGUGAAAAAGCCGGAAGACUUUCACAGCACCAGCUCUAACGAGACAGCCACGACAGGAGACAGCGGCCUUGGGAGUGACGAGGAUAUGUCCACUAGCUUGGAGCAAGCUGCUCCCCCUUCUGUCUUCACAGAAUUGGCUACCCCCAUUGACCGGCCGGUUCUGUGGAGUCGGGUGAACCCAAAUACAGGGAGGUCAGCAUCUUCAUCACCUCAGCAUUACCUAGUACAACAGACAGCAAUGAAAUCUAACUCCAUUGUGAGAUUUCAUUCCCAUGUGACUGACAAACAGCCGGCCUGGCUGCCUGAAAGAACGUAUUUUAAACAGCCUCAAAACAGCACGUUCAGCACUAGCAGAGGCCAGCAGAGCAAACACCCAACAGCAUCAGCUCCAUCUCAAGGGCACCAAAAUCAUUAUCACCAAUCUCUCCAAAACAUUCCUCAAAGACCCCCACAGACAACUCCACACACACAGUUUGAGUUUGGCCCUAAGAGUAGCAUCCCCUUGCAAGGUCAUGGUCAGAAACAGAUUUCGUUUCUGUCCCAAUCUUCCUUUGGGGAUGACAAUAGUGACCUUAACACGACCACAUCUGGGAGUUACAGUGUGGCCUCGGACGACGCUGAGAGGUUCUACAGUUUGGCCGAUGCUCGUGUUAAAGACAUGUAUGUGUGA